CCCCUUAGCAUCCCCUGAGGAGGAGUCCAAAGGCCCUGGUUCCGUCCCGGAACGUGUAGCUGACCCCAGGGAGCCCCUUCUACUCUGGAAACCCAGCGUCCUGCCUGUCAAGGGAAGGGACAAGCCAGAGUACCUCCCUGUGUUCCCAGGAAGGGAAGACGCGUGUCCCUGAGCCCUGAAGGUCAAGAGCUGAGGAGCCCACGUGUCUGGUCAGCCCGGCCUGGACGCAAAGGAAGAUGACCGCAGCGCAGUGACCGCAGCCUGGCGGUGGAGCAGGCAGACCCUGAGUCGCCCAUGCAGGCCGAGGGGGCCUUUCCCCAGCCCCGUCUGCCAGGCUGGGAGAGGCCAGAGGCCUAGGCCUGCAGGGGAGGUGCUGGCCCCCCGAUGCCCCCCGGGCCGUGCGGGCUCCUGAGUGGACGGCCAGCCAGGUGCGCCAAGGCGGGAGCAUGCCGGCCAAGGGGCGUUACUUUCUCAACGAGGGCGAGGAGGGCCUGGACCGCGACGCCCUGUACGAGAAGUACCGCCUCACCAGCCAGCACGGCCCGCUGCUGCUCACGCUGCUCUUGGUGGCCAUCGUGGCCUGCGUCGCCCUCAUCGUCAUCGCCUUCAGCUUCGGGGAGCCCUCCCGACAGCAGGCCGUGCUGGGGACGGCGUUCCUGACGCUGGCCGUGUUCGUCGUGCUCUACGUGCUGGUGUACAUCGAGUGCCUCAGCCGGCGGUGGCUCUGGGCCUCGGCGCUGCUCACCUGGGCCUGCCUCUUGACGCUGGGCUAUGUGCUGGUGUUCGACUCGUGCAGGAAGGCCACCUGCGCGUGGGAGCAGGUCCCCUUCUUCCUGUUCGUGACCUUCGUGGUGUACACGCUGCUGCCCUUCAGCAUGCAGGGGGCCGUGGCAGUGGGGCUCAUCUCCAGUGUCUCCCACCUCCUGGUGCUGGGCGUUCUGAUGGAAGUCUUCUCAUCCCCCAGCGUCGGGGUGGGGCUGCAGCUGCUGGCCAACGCGGUCAUCUUCCUGUGCGGGAACCUCACGGGCGCCUUCCACAAGCACCAGAUGCAGGAUGCCUCCCGCGACCUCUUCACCUACACUGCAAAGUGCAUCCAGAUCCGCCGGAAGCUGCGCAUUGAGAAGCGCCAGCAGGAGAACCUGCUUCUCUCCGUGCUCCCGGCCCACAUCUCCAUGGGCAUGAAGCUGACCAUCAUCGAACGGCUCAAGGAGUGUGGGGACCGUCACCGCAUGCCCGAUAACAACUUCCACAGCCUCUACGUUAAGCGGCACCAGAAUGUCAGCAUUCUCUAUGCCGACAUCGUGGGCUUCACGCGGCUGGCCAGUGACUGCUCCCCCAAAGAGCUGGUGGUGAUGCUGAAUGAGCUCUUCGGCAAGUUUGACCAGAUCGCCAAGGCCAACGAGUGCAUGCGCAUCAAGAUCCUGGGUGACUGCUACUACUGCGUGUCCGGCCUGCCUGUUUCGCUGCCCACGCACGCCCGCAACUGCGUGAAGAUGGGGCUGGACAUGUGCGAGGCCAUUAAGCAGGUGCGGGAGGCCACGGGCGUGGACAUCAGCAUGCGCGUGGGCAUCCACUCGGGGAAUGUUCUGUGUGGUGUCAUCGGGCUGCGCAAGUGGCAGUAUGAUGUGUGGUCCCAUGAUGUGUCCCUCGCCAACAGGAUGGAGGCAGCUGGAGUCCCUGGCCGGGUGCACAUCACGGAGGCGACACUGAGCCACCUGGACAAGGCAUACGAGGUGGAGGAGGGGCAUGGGCAGCAGCGAGACCCCUACCUGAAAGAGAUGAACAUCCGCACCUACCUGGUCAUCGACCCCCGGAGCCAGCAGCCACCCCCACCCAGCCACCACCUCUCCAAGCCCAAGGGGGACGCCGCCCUGAAGAUGCGGGCGUCGCUGCGCAUGACCCGCUACCUCGAGUCCUGGGGGGCAGCGCGGCCCUUCGCCCACCUCAACCACCGAGAGAGCGUGAGCAGCAGCGAGAACCCCGUCCCCACCAGCCGGAGGCUCAAGGCCAUCCCCUUGCGGCGCUACCGGGCCCCUGACAGAGGUGCGUCCCCCAAGGGCCGGUCGGAGGAUGACUCAGAUGAUGACGAGAUGCUGUCAGCCAUCGAGGGGCUCAGUUCCACGAGGCCCUGCUGCUCCAAGUCCGAUGACUUCUACACCUUUGGGUCCAUCUUCCUGGAGAAGGGCUUCGAGCGAGAGUACCGCCUGGCGCCCAUCCCCCGGGUCCGCCACUACUUCGCCUGUGCCGGCCUCGUCUUCCUCUGCAUCCUGCUGGUCCAUGUCCUGCUGAUGCCCAGGACGGCGGCCCUGGGGGUGUCCUUCGGGCUGGUGGCCUGUGUGCUGGGGCUGGUGCUGGGCCUGUGCUUUGCCGACCAGUUUGUGAGGUGCUGCCCAGCCUGGGGGACGCUCCCGGCCAUCUCUGAGAAGGUGGAGACCCACCCGCUGCUGCGCUUGUCCCUGGCCAUCCUGACCAUCGGCAGCCUGCUCACUGUCGCCAUCGUCAACCUGCCGUUGCCGCCUUCCCCGGCCCCAGGGCUGCCGGCCGGGAACCAGACGAGCCCGAGGGCCCUGGGCAGUAGAGAGGGGACCCCGUGCGAGCUCCUCCCGUAUUACACCUGCAGCUGCAUUCUGGCCUUUGUCGCCUGCUCCGUCUUCCUGCGCAUGAGCCUGGAGCUGAAAGUGGUGCUGCUGACAGUGGCCUUGGUGGUCUACCUGGUGCUCUUCAACGUCUCCCAGUGCGCGCAGUGGGGCUGCUGUGGCCUCGGCCUGGGCAACCUCAGCGAGACCAAUGCCACCCUCAGCUCCCCAGCCUGUGCCUGCAGGGAUCUGAAGACCACGACCAGCUUCUACCUAGUUCUCUUCUACGCCACUCUCGUCAUGCUCUCCAGACAGAUCGACUACUACUGCCGCCUGGACUGCCUGUGGAAGAAGAAGUUCAAGAAGGAGCGUGAGGAGUUUGAGACCAUGGAGAGCGUGAACCGCCUCCUCCUGGAGAACGUCCUGCCGGCCCACGUGGCGGCCCACUUCGUCGGGGACAAGCUGGACGAGGACUGGUACCAUCAGUCCUACGACUGCGUCUGCGUCAUGUUCGCCUCCGUGCCGGAGUUCAAGGUCUUCUACACAGAGUGCGACGUCAACAAGGAGGGGCUGGAGUGCCUGCGCCUGCUCAACGAGAUUAUUGCCGACUUCGACGAGCUGCUGCUGAAGCCCAAGUUCAGCAGCGUGGAGAAGAUCAAGACCAUUGGUAGUACCUACAUGGCAGCUGCUGGGCUCAGUGGCCCCUCCGGGAAGGAGACCCAGCGCUCUGUCCUGCAGGACCUGGAGCGGCAGCACGCCCACAUCGGCAUCAUGGUGGAGUUCAGUGUGGCCCUGAUGAGCAAGCUGGAUGGCAUCAACAGGCACUCCUUCAACUCCUUCCGCCUGCGCGUGGGCAUCAACCACGGGCCUGUGAUUGCCGGCGUGAUCGGGGCACGGAAGCCCCAGUACGACAUCUGGGGCAACACAGUCAACGUGGCCAGCAGGAUGGAGAGCACUGGCGAGCUCGGGAAGAUCCAGGUGACAGAAGAGACAUGCACCAUCCUCCAGGGACUCGGUUACUCUUGUGAAUGUCGAGGACUGAUUAAUGUCAAAGGCAAAGGGGAGCUCAGGACAUACUUUGUCUGCACAGACACUGCCAAGUUCCAAGGGCCCGGGCUGAACUGAGGGUGAGGUGGGCCAGACACACUCGAGGCUGAUGUCCGUUGGAGAGCAAACCGACGGGAGGACUCAGCCAGCACUGCUGAUCAUGGCCUUCCACGGCCUUGGCCACCACUACCUCCUGACAGACGGCAUGUGUGGCUCCUUGUAUUUGCACAAAAGGACUUUUUAGAUACGUGCGCCUACCCCCCACUCAAGGGGACCACAGAGCCGCCUGACACACAGCCAGCCAGACCCUCUGAGCUGCUGGCAUUGGGAACGCGGCCUCCGGCACAGCAGGACGAUGCUCACUCAAGAGUUCCACGUCCUCCUCCAGAUCCUGCCCGCACACACACUGCCUGGUGGCUGGAGCUGCACAAGCACCCCAUUUCCUAGGUGCAGGAGGACUACGGACAGGUGUGUGGGGCCGGCCGGGGACACCCAGCAGACCAGCUGCGGGAUCCCACACUUCUCACCCAGGCGGGCUGGUCAACAGCUGGCCAGGGGCUGCAGACCUGUGAAGGGCGUCAGGAGGAGAGAGAGGCACAGCAGACACCCGUGCUGCAUGCCAUCUCUGCCCUGCCUUUGUUCUGCACGGAUCCAUCCUUAAUGGAGGUCUUUCCCGUUUUAAUGACUUCUUGGAGGCCGGCCAGUUGCCUCCCCUGCAGCAUGUUAUCUGCCUUUUUAAUCACCAGCAGGAAGCAGGCCGCUGCCCCGUGUCCGCUUGGGGGACCAUCCCAGCUCUGGGGUGUGGUGUGGCCCUCAUGCCGAAUCAGACCGCUUUGAGUCCAGCAUUGAGGUCAGGUUCAGUGAGCAGAAAUGCUACGAGAUCAGGCCCCACCAGCCUCUUGGCCCUCCUCUCACCACCCGUGCACUUCCGAGCUCGGCCUGCAGGCUUCCCUGCGUCCUACUUCCACGCUGGGUGGGAAGAGAAGGAGGUGGGAGAGCUGGGACGCCCCCCUGGCCUUUAAGUCCAGCACCAACCCGAGGAGCCCUGGACCGGGAGCUGGUGCUCAGUGAGGGCGCGUGGAGAGGCCCCCACCUGGGAGGCCAGCCCCCUCUCGGAUGGUGAGACCUUCUUGUUCUGAUUGAGUGAAUCGAGGCAGCUGCAAAAAGCCAGGUUUGUGAGCUUCAACUCUUGAUCUAAUGCAGUCAGUUAGAGGAGGUUCUAAGGUGAGACCCAACCAGCCAGCUCGUUCCUUUUUCUGAACGGACCCCCGCCUCGUGAGCAGAGCCACCCACGUGCCCUCACACACACAGGUGAUUGUCACCGUAUGGCCGGGCUCUCAGCCUGAAGUCACCCACGCACCCCCUGGAAUUACCACUGUGCACAGAGGCAGCUUCAGGAGAUGACACGGCCGCAGGUAGGGCGGCUCAGCGUCGAGGGCCACCCGGGGCUGAGGCCCGGGGUCGGCGGCCAGCCUGGUGGCUGAGUGCAGUGUGUGGGGCCAGUCCCGCUGCAGAGGAGUGGGUGGGCUAGUGUUGGCACUGAGGUGGCUCGUGCGGACAGCCAGCCCCACUCACACUGCGUAGGGGGCCGGCUUUGGGUGAGCGCUGUGCCCAAGUCUAGACCCCCAAACGCCAGCGGGGAGCAGGGCUGCUGGCUGGCACUCCGGGUGCUGGGCCUGCUCCGCCUCUCGCAAUAUCCGUUACUUUUUCUUCCAGUAACAGAAAUCCCAAUCGGGAGUUUAAAAAACAAUUGGUCGCCCUUAAUGUACCUUUAUGUCCAGUUAAAGCACUGUGCUCAAAUAAGAUUAAGUUUUCGAUGUUCAAAUCAAUGUAACUGACCAUAGAAGUUACCUGCAGUUGUUUCGUAUAAAUGUUUUCUAAUUACUGAGUCACUCCUCCAUGUCCCAGUUUGUUCUGUGGAUGACAGGACAGGCAUUUUUCCUAACACUGGCCUUUUUCUAUGGGUCAAGGACUUGCUUUAAAGUUUCCCCGAAGGUGGCUUCACUGACUCCAGUGAAACCCACCCCCUGAAGUUUCCUGGUUUAUUUAACUUCCUAACUGGAAAAGGGGACCUCAGCCACUGCAGACACGUGCACCUAACAGGUGACUGUGCAGAAAUGCACUUCAAGAAGGUGUAUGCAAAUAACUGGGGGUACUCUGUGUACUGAGUAUUAUAGACCUGUAGCAUUUCAAAACAUUUUGUUUUUAUAAAGAACCUAUGUUUCUACUUGGUUUAGCUUUUCUUGUAUUAAAUCACCAGCAUGGAAAACCUGAA